UAUAUUACCCUGUCGGUUUACUAAUUGUAUGCUAUAUUAAAUGGGAAAUAUAAACUUGAAAUUUAAAAGAAUGUGGAUGUUUUUAUUCGUUAUUUGUCUACCUGGUUUAUCAGCAAUAACACGCCCCCCUAGUAUAUAUAUACAACCAGACUAUGAUGUUUAUUAUAAAGUUGGUGAAAGAGUACAGAUGCCAUGUGUAGCUGAUGGAGAACCUCAACCAAAGUAUACAUGGACAAGAAAUGGAAUAGAUUUUAACCCAAGCCCUAAUGAUGAUCGCAUGGUGCAGUUACCCAAUGUAGGUACAAUAGUAAUCAUUAGACCAGAAUAUAGAGACGAAGGUGUAUAUCAGUGUUUCGCUGAUAAUGGCUAUGGUAAAUCGGCAACAAUUAAUAUUAAUUUAAGGAUAGCCAAAUUGGAUUCAUUUACUACUGCUGAACCUAUUACACAUUCACCAAGCCUUGGUGAUCCUUUGACGCUGGAUUGUGUUUUGCCUGACAGUGUUCCAAGUCCUGAAUUUUACUGGGCGAUAAACGUUAACGGCAAUUAUUUAGCCAUCGAUUAUGAUGCUCGUAUUACCCUUGAUCAUGAAGCUCGUCUACGAAUAACCAAUGUAAAGGCUGAGGACAGACAAUAUGGUCGUGCUUAUACAUGUAUUGCUUUAAAUCAAGAUGUACGAAAAGUUGUGUCUGGAGUUCCAAAUUUUAUCCAACCCAGAGGAACUGUGGAGACUUUGCAUACUGUAACCUAUAUGUGGGCGUCACCUGCUGAUCAUUACGGUCUUCGUGGGGAAGAGUUUAAACUAAAGUGUAUUUUCUCUGGAAACCCUACCCCUGAUAUACAUUGGACAAGAACCAAAGGUGGAGCUAUGCCAGAAGGAAUUCAGAUAACUAGUUUUGGCCAAGAAUUGGUUUUUCCGAAGCUGUUGGAUAGCGAUGCUGGAGAAUAUGAAUGUUUGGCUACCAAUUCCAUAAGUCCUCAAGCGGCACGUAAUUUAUUUUCUUUACGUGUUGAAUCAAGACCAUACUGGACAGAUAAUGGUCCAGACGAUGUAGAAGUUGGCAUUGGUGGUUCUGCAACUUUUGUAUGUAAGGCUCAGGGUAAUCCAGAGCCAGAUACAAAAUGGUUUAUUAAUGGUGUUCCUUUAGCAAAGGUAACAGAUCCCCGAGUAAAGAAUGGUAGAUUUAAAGUUUUAGGACCUGAUACUGUGAUGAUGGUUAACCUGACGAGUGAUGAUGAUAUGGUUAUCCAGUGUAAUGUGACAAAUAAGCACGGAUAUAUCUGGGGUGAUUCCUACCUAAAUGUAGGGUUCCCAGUAAUCGGUUGAUCCAUUACGUCACUAUUCACAUAGUUAUCUAAGAAGUUAUCAACGACGACAUUUGGGAAAAAACAAAACCCUGUUACACUAAUACUGUCACAAUACAUAUUAAUCUAUUAACUAUUACUAAGAUGAUUUUACCAUUAGUCAUCGCAUACCGAUUGAUCUAUUAACUAAA